ACUGCUACACCCACGUACUCCGGAUACUAUUGUGGGCGGAGCUAAUUUGUGCACCUUGACCCAGAUGCAGAGAACCUCUAAUGGCAGCCUCUGUAGGUCUCCCCAGCGACGACCUGGCCGUUCAAGCUACCAACGAUGACGCAACUUCCUGCAAGAGGUACGCGGUGGACCGGGGGUACUGGAAAGACGAGUUCAUCAGAUACCUCUAUCGCUCGUCGGAGAAAAAGUCUCCAGAGAUAAGCAGAGGUUACUAUGCCAGAGUAAAGAGCAUCCAUAUACUGGUCGACCAGUUUCUGGAUCGGACUCAACAGAAGUGCCAGCUGGUGACCUUUGGGGCGGGGUCAGACACUCUCCACUGGUUGCUAUGGAAACGCAAGAAACUUCCCGCCCUGCACGUGGAGGUGGAUUUCCCCACCGUGACUGCCCGCAAGUCCCACUGCAUCAAGACAAGACCAGUUCUCUUAGAGGCUCUUUCAAACCCUGUCAUCACGAUGGAAGCGAUUCGGUCAGACCACUAUGUUCUGCUACCAGCUGAUCUCAGAGACGUCAAGUCACUUGGGAAGCAGCUUAUUGAUGCUGGACUUGACCCAAAUCUGCCCACUCUCUUCCUAGCUGAAUGUGUGCUGGCGUAUGUAGAGGGUGCAAAGGUCAACGAUGUCAUCAGAUGGACUGCAGAACAUUUCAAGACUUCAGUCUUCCUCAAUUAUGAUCCAAUUAAUCCAUUCGAUAAAUUUGGAGAGAUUAUGAAGCAGAAUCUAAAGUCACGAGGGUGUGCCUUAUUAGGCAUGGAGACAUGUCCCGACAGUGAGUCGCAGGUGAAGCGUUACCAUGACAACGGUUGGGAAGGGGCGUGGUCGAUGGACAUGGCGGAGGUUUACGCUCGUUUGCCUCGAGAUGAUGUGGCAAGGAUAGAGAGGAUUGAUUUCCUGGACGAGAGGGAGUUGCUGGACCAACUCUUGAGGCACUACUGUCUCUCUGGAGCCCACCUCGACUCGCAGCAACUUGGCCUAGACUCAAUCAAGUUAUAAACUCAUUUUUUUCCACAACCAUCCCUCUUUUAUGCACUUCGUGUUCAAAAAUUUUUGUGACCGUAUGUAAAAACAUUUCAUUGCUAGCUAUUUUUUAGUAGAGUUGAAAUACAUGUAGGUCUCAGUUCGUUGGCGAAGUCACUAAUGAUGGAGAUGGUUUUGCUAUCUCUGUCUUUCCCUCGCGAUGAACAGAUGGCUACCAAUGUGAUCCGCGCCUCAAUUUGCGCCAGGAAAUACGUGCAUGACAACUUCUGCAGGGACAUAA